AAAAUAUGAAACCAACGAAGAAGAACAAGUUCAAAGGUUGUUGAGUCGCCCUCACGAGUUCGAUACAGCCACGCGUAAAAUCUUUUAUUUCAACGGUUUCACCUUUUCUGUCAUUUUCACCGCGUAAUAAGCCGCGAUGUCGUGUUACACGUGCAUCAGCUGCCGCGUGGCGUUCGCCGACGGCGAGGUGCAGCGCGCCCACUACAAGAGCGACUGGCACCGCUACAACUUGAAGCGCAAGGUGGCCGACAUGCCGCCCGUCAGUGCCGACAACUUCCAGGAGCGCGUCCUCUCGCAGCGCGCGGCCGCCGAGCGCCGGCCGGGCGACGACGGCGAAGUCUGCGCCCUCUGCCGCAAGAAGUUUUCCAGCCACAACGCCUUCAACGACCACCUGCGCUCGCAGCGUCACCUGCAGGCCGAGCGCCGCGCCCUAGAGGCCGCCCGCCGUCAGGUGGAGGAGAUGAACCGGAAGAAUUUGGAAAAGGGGAUCGGCGGGGACGACAAAGCCGACAGAGACGCCAGGAACGAGGCUCUGCAGCAGGCCCUGGAAGGGCGGCGGAGGGGCGGGCGGGGCGAGACGACGACGCCGUUGGAGAGGAGCGUGCCGGAGAAACCUCCGCGACUCGUGUGGCUGGAGGAGCAGGCCAAGCGCAGGGAGCGGGAAGAAAAUUCCACCGUCGCCGCCACCGAGGAAGAGGAGUGGGAGGACAUGGACGACGACGAUGAUGAUGAUGAGGAGGAGAAAGAAGAAGACGAGGAGGAGGAGUAUGACGAUGAAGAGAGCACUGAGCAUACGGAAGGCGACGCGAGCGGCUCCCUCCCCGGUUCCAUCCCCGUCACCGACUGCCUGUUCUGCACGCAUCAUUCCAAGACGCUGAUGCGCAACGUCGCCCAUAUGACACGCGUCCACAGCUUCUUCAUCCCGGACCUUCAGUACCUGGCGGACCUCCGGGGGCUCGUCCGCUAUCUCGGCGAGAAAGUGGGAGCGGGGAACGUGUGCUUGUGGUGUAACGAGAAGGGGCGCUCGUUUUACUCCACGGAAGCCGUGCGAAGUCACAUGACGGAUAAAAGUCACUGCAAGCUAUUCACCGACGGCGACGCCGCGCUGGAGUUUGCUGACUUUUACGACUUCAGGAGCAGCUACCCAGACAGAAGCGACGAUGACGAGGAGCUUCCCGAUGACAAGAACAUUCAAUAUGAUGACGAGACAAUGGAGCUCACGCUCCCAUCAGGCGCCCGGGUAGGCCACCGCUCCCUCAUGAGGUACUACAAGCAGCGCUUCGGCACCGAGCGGACGCUUGCCCUGAGCCACAACAGGAACGCCGUGGGACGCGUGCUGCGUCAUUACAAAGCGCUGGGCUGGGCCGGCAAUACAGGCGCGGCGGGAGCACGUGGCGUUCAUCGCGACAUGCAAUACGUCCAGAUGAUGAAGUCCAAGUGGAUGCUAAAGAUGGGAAUGAGCCACAACACCACCAGGCAGAAGCACUUCCGCGCGCAAGUCAUGUUCUGAUCAGCCAAAAGUUCUUGCAGAUACGACCGAUUCGGACUGGCUUCCGUCACCGAUUCUCUCUUCUUUUCAAUCCCAGAAGGUGAUUUGACAUCACUGUGCAAGAGUAAAUUGAGUUUGUGUUCCUCUUAUAAAGGAUCUUUGGAAUGCAUGUCUCCAACUGUUGGAUGCUAAAAAUGUUCAACGCAUUCGGUUUCCUGUUUCUUUUGGGGCAACGGUUCACUCCUUCAAUUUAAGGGUAUUUCUGGUUCACUUCUUGUUCAAUUGAACUCUUUCAAUGUCAUAGAUCUUCAUUCAUAUGGCUGUUUUCAUCCUUCCAUGGAAUUCAAGGAGUUUAUCACAAGUAGACGUUCACUCCAUUUGAACUGGGAGAUUGGCAGUGACGAUAAUCAACAUGUAUUUCUGAAUUACCUUUCGCUUCAGAAACUUUCGCUGUGGAUUCCAAUGAGUAUCACUAGAAGAUGUGCAAUCCAUUUGAAUUGGGAGGGCUGGCAGUGACGCAAUUGUUGAAAUGUAUAUGAAUAAACUCACCUCAGAAA